AUGGCAACAUCAGGUGACUGCCCCCGAGGUGAACUGCAGGGAGAAGAUCAUGUGGAGUGUGGUGACCAGGAGCAUCUCCAGGAGGGUGUGCACCCGGAAGAGUUUGUGGCCAUUGCAGACUAUUCUGCCACUGACCAGACGCAGCUCAGCUUUUUGAGAGGAGAAAAAAUUCUCAUCCUGAGACAGACAACUGCUGAUUGGUGGUGGGGCGAGCGAGCAGGCUGCUGUGGGUACAUACCUGCGAACCACCUUGGGAAGCACCUGGAGGAGUGUGACCCUGAAGACACAUGGCAGGAUGAAGAGUACUUCGGCAGCUACGGAACCCUGAAACUUCACUUGGAAAUGUUGGCAGACCAGCCACGAACCACUAAAUACCACAACGUUAUCCUGCAGAAUAAAGAAUCCCUGAAAGAUAAAGUGAUUCUGGACGUUGGCUGUGGAACUGGGAUUAUCAGCCUCUUUUGUGCACAUUAUGCACAGCCCAAAGCCGUGUAUGCGGUGGAGGCCAGCGAGAUGGCCCAGCACACGGGGCAGCUGGUCAUGCAGAAUGGCUUUGCCGACAUCAUCACCGUGUUCCAGCAGAAGGUGGAGGAUGUGGUGCUGCCGGAGAAGGUAGACGUGCUGGUAUCCGAGUGGAUGGGGACCUGCCUGCUGUUUGAGUUCAUGAUUGAGUCGAUCCUGUACGCCCGGGAUGUGUGGCUGAAGGAGGAUGGGGUCAUCUGGCCGACCACGGCCGCGCUGCACCUGGUGCCCUGCAGCGCAGACAGAGACUACCGCAGCAAGGUGCUCUUCUGGGACAACGCCUACGAGUUCAACCUCAGCGCCCUCAAAUCUUUAGCAAUUAAGGAGUUUUUUUCGAAGCCCAAGUAUAACCACAUUUUGAAACCAGAAGACUGUCUCUCUGAACCAUGCACCAUAUUACAGCUGGACAUGAGAACCGUGCAGAUUGCUGACCUAGAGACAAUGAAAGGUGAGCUGCACUUUGAGAUCAGGAAAGCCGGCACUCUGCAUGGAUUCACAGCCUGGUUCAGUGUCCGGUUUCAGAGCCUGGAGGAGGAUGAGCCCCAGCUGGUGCUGAGCACGGGCCCAUUGCACCCCACCACCCACUGGAAGCAGGUGCUGUUCAUGAUGGACGAGCCUGUCUCCGUCCUCACGGGAGAUGUGGUCACAGGCUCGGUUGUGUUGCAGAGAAACCCCGUGUGGAGGAGGCACAUGUCUGUGGCGCUGAGCUGGUCCGUCACUUCCACACAAGACCCCACAUCGCAGAAAGGUGGAGAAAAAGUCUUUCCCAUCUGGAGAUGA